AUGUGCGGCCCAGCAUCUCAUUGCUCCCAAUGUUGCUGGCGCUCCUGUCACCAUUCGAUGACAGGGGAACAUGGCUAUGGUUGGUCACCGGCGACCAACUACAAAUUUCAGUCUCUAACCUCAUUUGUUGGACAUCCUUUCGACUCUCCUUACUUCCUGAAUUUUGCAGACCUCACAGGCCAAGUUAUGGACGUCUCGUGUCAUCGUCCUCACACAAAGUCAUGGCUAUGGGAUCUAGACGCGUCCCGCGCAUACUGCCAGAACUCACUUUGGGAUCUCGGGAAGGAUUCACCUACCGCAAAUUUCAAUGGCGGCGUCGGUUCCAGGUUUGAUCCCUGCGACUUGCUACUUGUCGCCAGCCAAAACCAAUGCAAUCAAGGUGAGCAGAGUGAGGCGACGUUCCUCGAAGCAGGUGCCAGACCAGAUAUAGGCUUCUCGCUCAGCAGUUUCAUGGGUAAUUUAAGGACAUUUCCUCUGGAGUCCAGCGGAACGCAGGACUUUCAUACCGAAUCUCGACUUGCAACUUCCUUUCUUACGGGCCUGGACGUCGCUGGGGAUAUCGAUGCGUUUAGUCCCAACGGCUCCUUCGCCAGCGGUACACUACCAGUGGCGCCAGAGGACGAUAGGCUCGGCUCAACUAUAGAUAUUGCAUCACGAAGAUCCCCCGCAGAGGAGUCAAUGAUGUUAGGGUUGGACCUGGCGGAUGAACUAGGAUGGGGGUUGCCAGUUGAUCAGCGCGUGUCCUCCGAGGACCAACCUAUCCGAAUCUCCCCAGCAUACACGUCUGCCUCCGAUUACGUUUUCGAAAAUCCAGCGUGCGAAAAUACGGACACGGCUCGCCGGCUGUCAUUUACGAGCGGAGAACUCCAAUACCCUGUGGGUUGCACAUUCCCGGGCUGCUCGUCAAAGGUUCUAUUCGUUCGACGUUGCGACCUUGCGAAGCAUUACAGACAGCAUAUUGAACGAUUCUUUUGCCGCAUAGCAGGAUGUCAAAUGUCUGAAGCGUCCUCCAAAAGCGCUGAAAACAGCAGAAUGUCGGUAGGGUUUUCUUCGAAGAAGGAUAGGCUUAGGCAUGAGCAAAAACAUAACCCGGCGAUACCCUGUGAGCACUGCGACAGGAUUUUUAGCCGAGAGGACAAUCUUCGAGAUCAUGUAAGGAGGCGUCAUCGUGUUUCUUCAGACUAG